AUGGGGAUCAGCAAAGAGACCAACAAGUCCCUCCUCUUCGAUGCUGGAUCAUACUUUGCCCACAACGAGAUGGAACUUGGGCACUGGAGGUGCGAAUUCAGUGCCGUGUUCCGUGACAAGAGCUACACGGAACACUACCAACAAAAUUACCCUCCUCCUGAGCCUGUGGAGGAGUUUGACGAUCGCAACCGGCUGUACAGCCUCAAAGGAGCCAUCGUUUAUUCCGCUGGCCACCCGCAGAGUUCCAUGAGAAAGACGGCGUACAACAAUAUGCUGUAUCUCAUUGAAAAGUACGCCCCACUGAACAAGGUAGACAAAUACGAUCCGAACAUCGACCCAUCCAUCACGGGGGCAUGCAUCGUGCCCCAUCUUGCCGAGGGGUUCAUUUGAAUCGCUAAGCGUAUUUCCAAGCAUAGUUUAUGAAAAUAUAUGAGCAACAGUCAUCUACCACGAGCCUCAUGGAAAGGCAUAGUGUGGCGAAAGACAAAGAUGGGAGACAUCCAAAGAAGACUUGGGACAUCAGGUUGAACAUGUGCCCACAAUGCAUACACUGGAUAUAUAGUAACGAGCGAAGCAAAUACUUUUGUGUGUGAACAAGGAGGAUGCAGUGAGUGAGGUCAGGGGGGCAGAGCGGCUGGGGAAGGACUAAUUCCGACAUGGUUGGUGUAUUCUAGAAACACUUCGAGUCAAGCGAACAAAGCUCUUCUGAUGAGAACAA